CAUAAAACAACAAAAAUGACGAGUCGCAUGCUGAGUCGAAAGCAAUACAAUUCAAAUUGUGAUUUAAGAUGAGUUAAAAAUGGACAGUGAGGGGGCGGUGAUUGCACAACAUUUGGCAGGUUUUUGCCAACGAGGCUUGAUUCCCUCGGAGCAUCCGUUUUGUCCUGAGUACCUCCGGUAGUGUCUGGUCCAAAUUACCUGAGGCACCGAGCCGGGGCACAAGGAUGGACGAGUCUAGAGAGACAUUUUCGGCAGUGUCAUUGGUCUGUAAGCAUGGCAGUGCAUGUGGCUGGACUCGUGGCUGUGGUUGCCUUUUAUGGUGUCAUCCUGCUCACUGGGAUCUUUGCGGCGCGAAAGUCAAAGAAAUUGGAAAAGAAAUGUACUGGGAGAAAAAGCGAAGUUGCCAUUGUCGGUGGCCGCAACAUCAACAUUGUGGUUGGUGUAUUCACAAUGACAGCAACAUGGGUUGGUGGAGGUUACCUUAUGGGCACGGCUGAGGCUGUUUACUUGCCAACUCGUGGUCUUGUCUGGGCUUCUGGACCUUUUGCAUAUCUUGUGAAUUUUAUUUUAGGAGGAAUUUUCUUUGCAAAACCAAUGAGGUCUAAACGCUACGUGACCAUGUUGGACCCAUUUCAGCAUCGCUACGGCCGGUUGUUCACCACGGCAAUAUUAAUUCCUUCUUUGCUCAGUGAUAUUUUUUGGGUUGCCUGCAUCCUUGCUGGUCUCGGGGCAACAAUGAGCAUCAUCCUUGAUCUAUCACCUGUAGUCUCCAUCCUGAUCUCUGCAGCUGUCUCCAUUAUUUACACUGUUCUAGGAGGCCUGUACGCAGUUGCGUACACUGAUGUCAUCCAACUGUCCUUCAUAUUUGUCAGUCUGUGGCUCUGUAUCCCAUUCAUGUUUCUCAGCCCCGCGGUGACUGACCUUUCACAAACAAUCCAUCUCAACGAGUCAAACGUCGACUCUUGGAUAGGAGAGGUGAAGCUUGAAGAUGCAGGAAAAUGGACUGAUGACUUUCUCAUGAUGGCUUUGGGUGGACUUUCAUCCCAAUCCUUCCACCAGAGGAUCCUCGCGGCGGCCUCCUCAUCCAAGGCUCAGGUGUCCUGCUUUGCUGCUGCACUUUUUUCUUUUAUUAUGGGAAUCCCAUCGGUGAUCAUUGGAGCUGCAGCUGCUUCAGCAGACUGGAACCAGACAGAAUACGGUCUACCCCCACCUUAUGAGCGUGGAGAGGCUGGGAAUGUCCUGCCAUUGGCUCUGUCCUACAUCACACCUAACUGGGUGUCCGUUUUGGGCAUUGGCUCCGUAGCAGCAGCAGUGAUGUCAUCCAUGGACUCUGCAUUACUGUCAUCGGCGUCCAUGUUCACGCAAAACAUAUACAAGGCAACUUUGAGAAAGCAGGCAUCAGACAGAGAGCUGCAGUGGGUCACCAGGAUUUGUGUGUUGUUGGUGGGCCUGGCUGGAACCGGUUUGGCCUUUAACAAGAGCAGCAUGCUUGCACUCAUGCUGCUCACGACAGACUUACUCUACUGCAUUGUGACCCCACAAUUGGUCUGUGUGGUGCACCUCCGAUCUGCCAAUUGCUAUGGCGCCAUCAGUGGCUACACGGUCGCUUUGCUGCUGCGUGUGCUGAGCGGUGAGCCAGCGCUCGGAAUCCCUCCUGUGAUACUCUACCCGGGCUGGAGGGAAGAGGAUGGCGUCAUCACGCAGUACUUUGCCUUCAGGACUCUGAUUGCGUUCAUCUCUCUGGCGGUUGUCGUUCUUGUGUCUUGCCUGGUCGAGCUGGGCUUCAAUCACAAUGUUAUUCCUCAGUCCUGGGAUGUGUUGGAUGUUUUCAAAAAGAAAAUUGAGGCAGAAGAGGAUGAGAAACCAACACCACUUUCUCAUGAGGGAAAGAACAUUGUCCUUAAUACAGCAUUGUAGCUUCAUAGUAUCUGCCUAAACUUCGUUGUAUGCUAAAAUUGCAGAUAUCUGCAUGCAAUUUUUGAAUAAUACAUGUUUAAAACAUUGUACAUGUGCAAGUGAACAUCUGGCUCCGUAAGUCUACGUCACAGACUGCAUGCAUCACUAUUGUCAACAACAAAGAUGCAAAGUGAAUUCAGAGAUUUGUUUGUAAAAAAUACAUUUGGUUGAAGAGAAUUGC